UCCUGUUCGGUUUACUGUGAGGCGACAAUAAUGCACCCUUCUUACGGGAACCUUCAUGGAUUGGUAGAGGAAAGCUAGGAAGGAAGCAGAAACAAAGCCAAGCAGACCGUAUACAUGCUUUCGCGGUUCUCUCUUUCCCAGCUACAACUAAUUUCUACCUCUCCCUCACAAGUCAAAGCUCAAGAAAUUCACAUGGCACAUGAAUUAUAGGCACUAGUUAACAGCAAGAGCUUCACAAUUAGUGAUCUCGAUUGUCGAUGGAGUUCAAUUCGAGAGCAAGAUCAGAUGGCUUUUACUUGAUCAACGAUGAUCAGGAGUCGAAGCAUGAUCCUUCCUCGGUUACUAAUAGUUUACAACCAUAUGCUUCCUCCUCUUCUGCCCCGCUCCGAAGGCCGGUCGGUCCGACAACCGCCGGCGUAGCGGGACGGGCUGAUCAAGAGAGCGCUAAUUAUAGCUUCUUCUUGGAGAAUAAGGAGCACAUGUUCGACAAGGUGGUGACGCCGAGCGACGUGGGGAAGCUGAACAGGCUGGUGAUCCCCAAGCAGUACGCGGAGAAGUACUUCCCGCUGAAUCCGGCGAGCAACGAGAAAGGGAUGCUGCUGAGCUUCGAUGACCGGACGGGGAAGUCGUGGAGCUUCCGCUACUCCUACUGGAACAGCAGCCAGAGCUACGUGAUGACCAAGGGCUGGAGCCGCUUCGUGAAGGAGAAGCGCCUCGACGCCGGGGACGUCGUCUCCUUCGGCCGCGGCGUCGGAGACGACCCUGGAGCCAGGGGAAACCUCUACAUCGACUGGCGCCGCCGCCGCUCCGAGAAUCAGCACCACGACUGCCGGAUCCCCCUCCUGCCGCCCUCCUUCGCGAGGGUGACUUCAUCGGCGACGAGGCAGCCACUUGCACUAUGGGGCGACGGCCUUCGAUUCUUCGUCCCUCCGGCAGCAGCUGCUCACGACUGCCACCACCAGGAGUCGCCGUACGGAUACCCGACCUCGCCCCGUCAUUUUCUCUUUAUCGGGUCUUCGAUGGUUGCAGGCUGUCCGCCACGGACACCGCAACCGCACCUCGGGGUCCCUUCGGUAGUUCUCAAUUCCCAUCCGUUGGGUCGGAACCAGGCGGCGGCCAAGCGCGUGAGGCUGUUCGGAGUCAACCUUGACUGCUGCGCCGAAUCUGACGGCGCCUGCAAUACUGCGGCCGGCCAAUUCCACGCCGAUCUAGCAGCGACUAGCAGUACCCCCGCGCCGCGGUCGUCGACUUUUAAGCAGCGAUCCAUCCCGUUCCUUGAGGAGCCCUCGCCAGCCUCUUCGUCGCACGAAGAACACCACUUGACAUUGGACCUUGACUUGUGAAGAAGAACAGGAGACGAUCGACGAGAAGACAACGUAAUUAUACACAUGUAUGCAUCAUCCACUAACAAGGAAUUAAUUAAUCCUCGGAAGAUUGAUAGAGAGAUGACAGAAUAAGAAGACCGUUUCAAAAUAUCUCCUUAUUCCUUCAUCAUAAACUUCAUUUCAUCACCGUGCUUUCUUUUAAUGUUCUUCUGCUUAAUUCUGAAGAAAACUGAACUUAAUAUUUAUGAAC